AUGAAGAAGUUAAGACAAUCCCAUCCGGUCCUAGCCCGCUUACAAACAAGUCAAGGUGACACUGCUAUGCUAAUGCUUGACGAACGGCCCCGGGGGGUGUUUCAACAAGCACCCCCCGGAACCGGCAAAACGUACACAGCGAUGUCAAUAGUAGCGGCAACGAUAAAAAUGUUUCCAGAAGCGCACAUAUUAUGUAUGGCUCCGUUGAACAUAGCUGUUGUAAAAAUGUGUCUAGAAUUAGAGGAAGCCAUGAAAAUUGAGGGAAUCCACGAGCCUGUAUUGGCUUUAUUUUCCGGUAACGGGAAAACUCGAUAUAAGGAACAAAUUGAGAGCAUUUCCACACACCUAUUGGCUCAUGCAGUAGAUUCUCCCGAAUUUACCAGCAAACUUGAGCUUACCGACUUGAAGAAAGUUGAUAGAUACAAAAAAGCUUGUAUAUCUCAUCCCAGACUUGCAUCCGAAGGGGCAAUCGCCCAAUUACUCCUUGAACAAGUAAAAAGGCGAGUGAUCUUUCUUACGUUGGGACUUACCGAACAACUAUGCAAGCUUUUUCCCGAAACUGAAAUUUUGAUUUUGGAUGAAGCUGGACAAGCGCCCUUUUCACAAUUUUUGUCGGUAACGACAUUUUUCCCAAAAUUAAGAAAGGUCUUGGUCACGGGGGACAAGUUCCAACUAAAGGUACAUUUAAUAAGCUUGCCUGAAGCGGUUAGAGAAAAUUAUGGUUUGGACACGUGUAUUGAAAGUUUUGACUCGUCGGAAGUGUGUAGAGGCGGGAGCUUACAUACCUGCGAAGCAAAUGCUAUUGCCUAGGGAAGGGGGAGACUUUUCUAUGCUCCUGAAUAUGAAAAACUUUUUCGUCCCGGUCGCUGGUUCACCGCUAAUACUUCUAAAUCAAACCUCCCCCAUGCUCGCCCAAGACACCAACUUCAGCUCCACUAAUUCAGGCCAGACU